CAUUUAUACAUGAAUUUAUUCUUUUUUGGGAUAUGGUCUCGUAUGUUUGUUUUCCCAGACCUCUUUCAUCCAUGAUAACAGCCUAGAAUGGAAAAGCGAACAAGCCGUACCGCAAAAGCCAUUCGUCCUGCAGCAUGCACGGAAUGUCAGCGGAGAAAGCAAAAGUGUAGUCGCGAAUGGCCCUGCAAUCACUGCCGGAUGAGACGGAUCUCUCAUCUCUGUCGAUUCGUCCCGAAGAAAACGGGCAGGGUUUCUUAUGGAGUGGGUGAUCGCGAGAGUCCGUCUAGAAAUCGGCAAGAUGUGGAUGAGGAUUCGGCCCAGGCCGAUUCUCCUGGGAUAUCGGCAGUCGCAGGAGAAGGAGAUCUCAGAGUUCUGGGAUAUCUACCUGACUCGCAGAGCUUGCAUGUAGCGGGGAUGUAUGCUGAUACCAGUUCGACUUCAGAUGACUGGCAUGAUGCUCUAUCUGCUGAGAUGGAGAGUGCUUUGCGUACUCUGCCUCCGAAACCGUAUAUAGACACGCUGGUACAGAACUUUCUAAACGAUGCAAAUUACCAUUAUUACUGUCUGUAUCCGCCAACAUUUUCAGAUGGAUAUUCUCGUUGGUGGGAAGUCCGAACCAGCGGCGGAAGCGUUUCUCCAGAAUUCACAUGUCUUGUGCUGCGCGUGUGUGCGUGUUCUCUUCAAUUCUUGAAGACAGAAGAGAGGAAAAGACUAGAACUGGAGCUGGGUGAGAGGGUUCAAACCAUCAGCGAGCGCUAUCAUCGCGUCGCGCGACAAUUAAGUCAUAGUAUCCCUACCGGCAAAGGGGGCUUGACGCAGGUGCAACAGUUGUUUCUUACGGCAUUUUGGUACAAAAAUGAUGCUAUGUUCAUUGAAUCGUGGCAUACUUUGGCUGCAGCUAUCCAUGAAGCCCAGGAAAUAGGUCUGCAUAAAAGCUCAUCAAAAGUACCAAUGACAGAGUUUGAACGCGAAAUGAGACGGCGAGUUUGGUGUCUUUUAUAUUCUUGGGAUUGGCAAAUGUCGACUUUACUAUCGCGACCGCUCAUCAUGAAUAGCAAUUGCUGCUCCAUUGAAAUACCCAGCAUGCGAUUAGAGACUUCUGGUGCCGACUCUGAUCUGCCCUCCCCGAUAGCACAUAUUGUGCUGGAAUGCCAACUGGGUCAAGCUCUAUGCAAAAUGCCUGGCCUUGCAGGUGGUACCCUUUCUUCAUCUCACGCAGAUGCUAUCCAGUAUGAGACUGAAAAGUGGUUCUCCUCCUUCCCGCCUGCUUUCGACAUCGCGGCUCCGGAUAAGCGCUUUGAUGAGGAACAUCCCUAUGUUGCUCUUCAGCGCUACCACCUACAUAUUUCAGGUUACAUGAUCAUGCUUACGCCUAUAAAAUGGUCCCUUACAAAGAACUUGAAGUCCGCUUCUCCUGACGAGAGAAAUACCCAGGAAAGAGCCAUCUCCUAUUCCCUCAAACUAAUGGACGCUUCAGAGGGCCUAUUUAAGUGUAUAUUCCCCGAUACACCAAACUUCCAUUUUGUCGUCUUCAUGAUUUUCGAUGCAGCAGCUUUCCUCUGUUCCGCCAUCAUACAUGACAAAAGCCGAUCUCUAUUCCAUCGAGACAAAGUGAUCGAAUCUAUAGGCUCAGCUAUCAACAUGAUGGAGUGGCUCGCGCGGUUCACGAAAUUAGCUUCGACUUGCAACGUGGUCCUUCGCAGGCUAGUCAUGAAACUUCCUCUAUCAUCUCAUGAGGAAAAAACCUUUCGAUCUUCAUCCACCACUGAUUCCAAAUCCCAAAUAAAGUCUCUCCAAAGUCCACCUAAUCUCAGCAUGACUUCAUCCAGCGGUGAAGAUGCAGGGGAUCCUGUCGGAGAAUUCCCAUAUUUUGAUAUCGAUCAAAUGCCGACUCCCGACAUGGCGGACUUUGGCGAUUUGGUGAAUUUUGAUUUUGGCGAUUUAGGUCGCAUAUGGGACUGGGAGAGUCUGAAUUUGGGUUUGUAGUUCGUUAUAAUGAAUUACUCGUCACGGAUUGAAGUCAUUAGGGAAUUCUAGUCUAGAUGCUACUCACUGUAUGACUAUGUCGACGGACAUAUUCGAGAUAUUCGGAAGUCGAAUGAUUUCCUCACGAAGCAUCUUACCCAUGAUAUCCAUACGUUAUAUAAGACACACAUCAUUCUUAUAUUCAUGACAAGAAUUAAUGAUAUAGAUGAAAUCCGCCCAUGAAAAAAAGG